AUGUAUGAAUCAUAUCGCCCUCAUCCGCUUCUCGCUCAGGUCCCCUUGACGGUCUCCCCGUUUAUCAAUCUUCCCACCUCGGUCACUCUUCCUUACACCUAUAAAUCAGUACCCUCGACUCUUCCUCCCUCUGUCACGGUCGACCCCAGUCAUCCAACUGUCAAGGCCCGCUAUGUUGUUUCCACAAGCGGCGAGCACGCUGCGCACCCAGAAGAGAUCUUGGCGUCGUGCAAGUCACUGGAAGAACACCUGAACAAGGCGAGGAUUGACGCGGAGAAUGCGAUCAAGAAAUUCGAAGAAGCGAUCACUCAGCGGGAUCUUGCCGAAAAGAGGCGCGUUGCGCCUGGCUGGCUCGAUCGCGAUGAGAAACUGCUUCGGCCAAGUAGUUUGGUAUCGGUCCCGGCCUCGAAAGGCCACCAGGAAUCAAAUCAGAGCUUGUUGGAUAGUCCCCCAACGCAACAGGGCACGUCUGGGCCUCCGCCCCUAGUGCCUCGCGAUGAAGGCGCCGAAUUGGACAGAGCGUUUGGUGGGAUGAGCAUGAAAUAG